UGAAGCAGAGGGCAUAGGCUGUGCCAAUGUGCUGCCCUAGGUCCCCUGCCUCCCCCUCCUGAGCAAAUGUGCCGUUCCUGUGUGUGUGAAUCAGCCAAUGGGGUUACCCACUAGCGGUGCCUGAUGCCUACAAUCAUCACUAUGGAUUGACGCUCCUUACAAGGCAGCUACAGCGCUUAAUAGACGGGCUUGUACCGAGCAAUAAGCAUGAGAAGAUGCUCAAAGUGCUCUCGCACACAGAAGAUUACGGUAGCAGCCAGAUUCCCUGUCCCUGCUGUACAUGUGCAGAUGAGUAAAGUUGCAGUCACAUAAUGCGGGUGUGAAUGUGAGGGAAUCAGUGUCCGGCCAGACACUCGCUGCUGCCUGUGGAAUGCCAGGCUGGAAACACAACUGCCACCUCUGCUCUACAACUGCCAGCCAAGCACAAGGAGAAGAAUUAUAAGAAAUUUCGGAAGAUGCAAUGACCGGCUUAUUUCUUCACACUGAUAACAAUACAUUUCAGAGCAGCCAUUCAGUGUAUGGGUUUGUAACUGUACUACUCAUUGAAGGCCUUCUACCUGAAAAAGGAUCCCCCCUUGGUCCAUGGAACAUCUGAAAGUACCUCUAUCAGACUGUUCAAAUGUGUUGCACAAGAAGCUAGCAUUCAGAGAAGAAUUUAAAACAAGUUUGUAUAAGUCAUAAUUAAGCUCAUAUUGCCAAAAUAAUCCUAAAACAGAGAUAUUUGAACCAAAAAAGCUAUAAAAACAUUGCUGUGAGGCUCAUGAUAAAAGUUUCAGUAAUUUUAAAAAAGAUGUCACAUUCAAGUCUAUAACAUCUGCGAUUCAUCAAGCUAACUGGGAAAUGUCCAAAAAGUCAUGGAGAAGAAUCUGAGUUGCCAUCUUCUAACCAGUCGUAAAUAAUGAUAGUAUAAAUAUAGCAUUGGCUGCAUACUAAAUGUUGCUCCUCAGUGCCUAUUUUUGUUAGAUGUACAGUAUUACUGCAAAACAUUUCUAGGGAUUGAUAAUUCAACAACCAAAAACAAUACCUUUCUGGAUUUGAUAUGAUUAAGAGCUGGAGAUACAACAUCUAUGCAAGAUCCUCUUCCAUCUCCUUCAAUAUGAUAAUUCUUCAUGAAAAUAACACAGUAGAAAGCAUCCAGCUCUGCUUAAACUGCACCCAUCCGGUGGCAACUAUCAACAUUUCUAAGGCCAUUGUGGUUGGUGUUAUUUUUGGCGUGUUCAUCACUUUUGGACUUCUUGGAAAUAUUUUGGUUAUUCUUUCGGUGGUCUGUCAUCGGCAUCUGCAGACUGUAACUCACUAUUUUAUUGCCAAUCUUGCUGUUGCUGAUCUGCUGUUAAUGUCCAUGGUGCUUCCAUUUUCUGCAACCUUUGAGAUCCAAGGUUACUGGUUGUUUGGACGCAUCUUCUGCAACAUCUGGGCUGCUGUGGAUGUCCUCUGUUGUACGGCCUCUAUAAUGAGCCUAUGUGCCAUAUCCAUUGACAGGUACAUAGGCGUUAGCUACCCACUUAGAUACCCCAGCAUCAUGACUGAAAGGAGAGGUGUUCUAGCUUUGCUUUGUAUAUGGGUUUUGUCCCUUGUGAUCUCAAUUGGACCUCUUUUUGGUUGGAAACAACCAGCCCCAGAAGAUGAUACAAUCUGUGAAAUCACUAAAGAACCAGGGUAUGCACUCUUUUCAGCCUUUGGGUCAUUCUACCUGCCUCUCAGUAUCAUUCUAGUUAUGUACUUUAGGGUUUAUAUUGUGGCCAAAAGGGAAAGCAAAGUGUUAACCAGUGGAAUGAAACUUGAGAAGUCUGAUUCUGAGGAGGUAACCUUAAGAAUCCAUCGAAAAUGUACUCCAGAGAGCAUUGGUUCCACCUCUAGUUCAAAGCAAAAGACUAAUUUCUCAGUUCGUCUCCUCAAGUUUUCCAGACAGAAGAAAGCCGCCAAAACUUUGGGUAUUGUAGUAGGAUGCUUUGUGCUGUGCUGGCUUCCAUUUUUUCUUGUCAUGCCUAUAGGAUCCAUUUAUCCCGCAGCCAACUCCUCGGAUACUAUUUUCAAGAUUACGUUUUGGCUGGGUUAUUUUAACAGCUGCAUCAACCCAAUGAUCUAUCCUUGCUCCAGCCCAGAGUUCCGGAAGGCCUUCCAAAACAUCCUCCACGCUCGCUGCUCGCACAGGAGGCAGGCUGCAAGCAAGUACUCCUCUGGUUUCCUCCUGAACAGCCCGGGGCACCGGAGUUCCGAGGAAAACAAAAAUGUGGUGAGAAUUCCAGUGGGUGCGGGGGAGAUGUUUUACAGGAUCUCCAAGUCUGAUGAGGGUUGUGAAUGGAAAUAUUUCACCCCCCUGUCCAGCCCGGCCACGUCGUAUGGUGCUCCAAGAGAUUUUGGUAACUGUUGCUCGGCCAAAGUGAGCAGUAAGUCUUUUCUGAGAACCUGCUGUUGUGUUGGCACUCAACAGACUCGCUCAUGCCAUGACGUGCCCACCAUCAAGAUACAUACCAUUUCUGUGAGCGAGAACGGUGAAGCCGUUUGAACAAGGAAACGUAUUAAGACAUGGGAUUAUCCUAGGGCAUUUCUAAUACUUGUAUUUGUGGAGUAUACACUUCAUGGGACAUACACAGGAGACCGAUCCGUUCCAGCCUGAGCUGGUUACAUUCCAUUUUGUCUUUUUUGAACCUCAACUUCCCCAUGUGUAAGUGGUUCAGAAUAACACCUUUAUGUGUGACCAGCACUGACAAUUUUAACUAUGCUGCUAUCAUUCCACCUGACUGCACCAUAACUUACCUUCAAGGACCGAAUGGUGCUACAUGCAUGGGAAAUGCAGUGUCUUUAAGGCAUCCAGAUGCCAACCAACAAAAGUUCAUUUGGUGACUAUAGUGUGCCCAGUUUUGUAUUCACAUAGCAUCACUUCAUCAGUGUUCAGUCCAGGUGGCGAACACCUGCGGGGUGAUUUGCAUGCCGGCAAAACCACCAACCUUUAAAAAUCCAGUGUUUAACACAGGUCUGUGCGUCUUUCUACAUUAAAACAGAGAGGAUCUGGCUAAUUCUGGUUGAAGUCUUUUAUUCACUUAUGCACUUUACAACCACCAUAUUGGCUUUAUUAUUGCGCCAAUGUGACCGAUAUGACUAUG